AUGGAUUAUGCCCAAUUUAGUGAUGUUGUCACAUUUGAUACGACUUACAAGCUAAACAAAGAACAUAGACCCUUUGAAUCUUUUGUGGGAUUUAACCAUCAUAGGGAAACACUUAUAUUUGGUGCAGCCUUGUUGUAUGAUGAGACCGCCGAAUCAUUUGUAUGGUUGUUUCAAAAUUUUCUAGUGGCUAUGUCAAGAAAGGUACCAAAAGCUUUGUUCACUGAUCAAGAUGCUGCAAUAGCUAAAGCUAUACCCAUCGUUAUGCAUGACACAAGUCACCGAUUGUAUACUUGGGAUUUGAUGCAAAAUGCAUUAAAACAUGUUAAUUGUCUGUUCCAAGAUAAGGGGGUAAAUGGUGUACUAAAUAAAUUCCUGUUUGACAUUGAAGAUGAAAAUCAAUGGAAGUUAGAUUGGGAGGAAAUGCUUGAUAAAUAUGAUGCGCAUGAUAACCAUUGGUUGAAAUUGACUUUUGCGGUGAAAGAAAAAUGGGGCUGGCCAUAUGUUAGAUCAACAUGGGUUGUGGGAAUGAGCACCACACAACUUAGUGAAUCUUUUAAUGCUUUUUUAACGGAUUACAUUUAUUCUGAUUUUAAUUUAAAUGAAUUCUUCAUGAAUUUCGAAAGGGUACUUUAUGAGAAGCGAUACAAGGAGUUAGAAGUAGGAUAUGCUUUGUGCCAAAGGUUGCCAAAGGUGAAAGCGACAAUAAGAAUGUUAAUUCAAAUGGGUAAUGUGUACACAAAAAAGAUUUUUGAGGAAUUUCAAAAUGAGUACUUUCAAUCCAUUGAAUCACACAUAGAAGCAAUUGAAUAUGGCGAGGCUAGUACCAUUUACACAGUUGUUGAUGUUGGUAGCAAUCAUGCAAGGAAAGUGAAGAUGGAGAGGGAUGGCUCUUUGGGUUGUAAUUGUACAAAGUUUGAGAGGGAAGGAAUUUUGUGUUGUCACUCAUUGAAGGUUAUUAGAGACAUAUUGAAGAUGAAAGAGAUUCCUCUACAAUACAUUCUAAAGAGGUGGACCAAACAAGUAAGAGCCGAAAUUGUGAAGGACAUUACGGGGAAUGACAUUCAACUUGCUACAUUAGGUGCAAAUGUUGAACGCAAGUUAAGUGCUCAUUUUGCUAUUGAAAAUGAAGUAAGCAAUGAUGAUGCAACCCAAAGCUUUAAAGUGGAUUACGAAGAUGUGAAUCAUGUUGUGCAACCAAAAGGAUUGAAGAAAAAGGUGGCGACUAGUAAGGGCAAAAGGAGGGUAAAAGGUGAAUUCGAAGCGGCGUUCGUAGCGAACUCCAAAAAAAAAUCCCGUGCUAAUAGCUUGGCUUCGUCAAAAUCUGUUGCAAGUCCAAUAGUUACACCUUCUCCAUUAUCUAUUGGCAAAGAUAUCUAUGUUCAUCAACAUGUUCCUCCUCUUCAUCCUCUUCCUCUAUCUUUGGCCAUGGGUGGUAAUUCUAUUCCUCCGCCAUUGAUGUAUCCCACAUAUCAUUCACUACUUCAAGGUUCAUGUGGAUAUGACAUUGGGUUUCGAUAUUCUCAAGAAUCAAAUAGUCCAAUGUGUAGUCAGUUCCCCUCUUCCUUUGGGAUGGACCCUCCUGUGCCUCGUCUUUCUCAGAAUCAUCACUGGAUGGAGGAAUUGAAACUUACUCUCUUUGAGAAUCAAUUUCUUCCUUCCUACCAACCUCCAGAUUUUCCCACUAUAUUUGAACGAUAUCAAGCUCAACUUCUAUUUGCAGCCUUCUCUCACUUGCCCUUCAAAGUUCUUGGAGAUGAUACUCCUCUCAAGAACUUCCGAUGGGCUUGUGACAUUAUGACUCGAGGUCAUGUACCAGUUGUGGAGCCCGUGAGUCCAUCAUUGGCUUUAAAGAGGUGUAUCGAUGAAGAGAUAUCCAAGCUCAGAGCUGGUGACCCGAGUGCCAUAGAUGAUCGCCUCUUUAUUCCUCGCCAUAAUGAACAACAGGAAUACGUCUUGGGACCCAUCUUCAGAGAAGCCCUGUAG